GUUUGCCCAAUUAACCAGCCAAAACCGGCUUACAGGAAAAAAAAGAAAAAAAAAACCUCUCUCUUUCUUGCUCUCUAGAAUAGAAUCUGCUGACACCCUUUCUCUCUCUACUGCAAACCUAAACCCAGAGCCGAAAAAAAUGGCGGCAACAGCAACCGGAUCUUCCAGAAGAACCUCAAGCGGACCAGUUAUCCGAUCUCUUUCUCCCUCCGGCAGAUUUCAUCUACCUCACUCGUCUUCGUCUUCAACAGCUUUCGCCUAUUCGAGCUCGAGCUUUGCUUCACGUUCCUCCACUUUAUUUAGUGGCAACCACCAUCACCACCAAAGAUCUUCAUCACCUACUCGUGUUAACUUGUACGGAAACACUCCUUCAGCUCCCUCCGUACGUAUAUCGCUUGACCGUCCGAGUUCUCCCAACCGUUCAAUCUCUACUAUUAAUCCUUCCCGCGGCCACCAAGUGGUAAGGAAAUCGAGUACUCCAAAGAGAACUUGUAUGUGCUCGCCUACUUCGCACCCUGGCUCCUUCCGCUGCAGUCUACACAAGGGCUUCAACAAUUCAAGCAGUGCUAAUUACUCUUCAAACACUCGCUUAAACGCGCGCAGAUCGGCAAUGACGAACUCGUUGGUGAGGAUUGGUGGAGUGGAGGGUGAUUUGGUUAAAAGAGCUUUGUCGGCUUUGAUUCGGCCUUCUUCACACCAGCAACGGCGUCGCGGCGCAUUCCAGCCUCGUCCGAGCCGGCUCUCCGUGAUGUCCAAAGCCGAGGAUUUGUUAUAAUUAGGGGUAUGUUGGUUAACGAACUUCUUUUUGUUUAGCUGUCAUAAAUUCCCGGCGACGAUGAAGAUUGGAGGGGCUGAGAUUCCGGCUAUGGCUGAGGUGCGUGUGGCAGCGCGUGAGGAAUCAUGACGGACGUGUUUUAAUGGAUCCGAUAUCAGAACCUUGAUAUAUGAAUAUUUUUGAGUGUACAUACCUAUAACGAUAUAUGAAAACAGUUGGAGCCAUCAAUGGCCUGUUUCAGGACUUAA